AUGCUCGUUCUCGAAGGUCUGCCGACGUCGCUGGUCUCGAACGACUUUUUGCGUUUAAACGGCAAGGAUCUCGCCAGCUGGAGGAACCUCAUCAAGGAGGUCCACCAGGAGCGUGACCCGUGGACGCUCGACCCCAUCGGCACCUACCGCAUCUCGUUCGGAUCGAGCUCCGCCGCCGAGCUUUACCAGGCCACGCUCGACCGUCUCCUCCGUCUCGCCCGGAUAAAGCUGCACUGCACCACCGGUCUCUGGACCAGCGAGGUCCCGCCCGAGCUGCGAGGCGACGGAGAGUUCGAGGCCGAGCUCGAGCAGUUCUCCCUCGUCCCGGGUUCGUACCCGGGAACCAUCUCCUCCAAACUGUCCCGCUCCAAGGGCAAAUGGCCGUGGCAGCUCCUCAUGGACUUCCUCGUCCGCCGCUCCGGCUACAAACUCCCGCCGGCCGCUGUUCUGCUGCAGCUGCGGCACCCGCUCCUAUCGGGCACGGGACUCGACAGGUUAAUCAGAAUGGACGGUGCCGAGCGCAACCAUCCGUGGAAUGUCAGCUCUGUCUACUCGCUCUCCCGCACCCUCGAGGACCACGCCUUGCUUGACAAGUUCGGCACGCGAGUGGCCCUAGAAGACAUCAACUUUCGCCUCAAACUCAACACUCGCUUUGUCCUUCUCUGUAGAGACUCCGAGGUUGCCUGGCGGUUUAUUCGGAGCUGGAACCAGCGGGAGCUUGUGGACGACAAAGGCAGAAAAACAACAGUGACGGCAUCAUAUAUUGAGUUUUAG